UCGGUGGUGGUAACUGAGGCAACGUUCUAAAAUUUGGAUCAGAAUCAACCAAUGUCAAGCUCGAUUAAUCCCGAUUGUUUACAAUUCAAUCCAGCCGAUUCUACUAGAGUUGCAUCGAUUAAUCGAUUUGGAAUAAUUUGAUUCAAAAUCGAUGAAGAUUGAUCUAUGUGAAUUCCGAGUUUAUAAACCCUAGGCUGGAAUUAUAUGAAGGGAAUCGCCCAAUUUUUUACACUAUUUUAAAUAACCAGAGUCAGAUCGGUCGAAUUUGCCACGAUCGCUCCUACAACCGAUUCUAGGGUUUUUCAGAUCCCAUUCUGACAGAUUCCGAUCCAGAAUCGUCACGGACCGAUCCGACCCCAAUGCUGGACUUCUAAAGGCAUUUUGGGUCUGAUCACACGCCAGCGUAUGUGGAGCACGCCACUUUCCGCUUUUUGAGUCUCGUGGUCUUAGCCAUAUAUGAUGAGUGGUAUCCACCCUAAAACUCGAAGGUGUAUCUCCAAAUCAUGCUCUUCUCUAAAACCCUCGUUUCGCCAGUUCUGAUCCAUCAAAAACCCUCCCUGGCUCUGUUCGACUCUGCCACUUCCGAGUCAGUAAAAAGUCUACAAAGCCGAAACCCUUCGUCUUCUCUCUCUCUUUGCUCUUUGUUCUGUGUAGUUCGCCGUAAGAAGCCGAACUUUGGAGUUGUCCAACGCCAUGGUCGGAAUCUUCCGCGUAAGUAGUGCGGCGACCCAUCUGGCACGGAGAAUUGGACUUAGUCCGAACCUCCGAUCCUUCGGAGCAGCCGCUGCAGUUGAGCUGGAAGACGAUUUCGACUACUACGACGACGGCGAUUACGAGCUCUCCCGCGACCGGCUUCGACUGGCAACCAUGAACGAUUCUGAUGGUUCGAUCGAGGGUAGGGGUGUGCAGUGGGUUUUCAUAGGCAACCCGGGCGCCAAGAAACGAGUCUAUGCCGAAAAGCUUUCCAAGCUUCUGCAAGUCCCUCACAUUUCCAUGGGCACCCUCGUUCGUCAAGAGCUCAACCCUCGUUCUUCUCCUUACAAACAGGGUUGGAUUGCAAAUGCGGUGAAUGAAGGGAAGCUUGUUCCUGAAGAUAUAAUCUUUGGUCUUCUGUCAAAGAGACUCCAAGAAGGCUAUUACAGAGGUGAAACUGGGUUCAUCUUGGAUGGCAUUCCUCGAACUCGAAUCCAAGCUGAGAUCCUGGACCAAAUUGCUGACAUCGAUCUAGUCGUCAAUUUCAGAUGCACCGAGGACUGCUUGGUGAAAAAACACCUCGAGAACAGAAUAUGUUCUCAAUGUUAUGAAAGUACUCCUGUAAGAAAUUCAGGGACAAGUCUAGUUAAAACUUCCCUUGCUAGUUCUGAAGAUGCCCAGAAAGAAAAAGUCCGAAUCUAUGAAGAGCAGAACAAGCCUUUGGAAGAUUACUAUAGGAAACAGAAGAAGCUUCUUGACUUUCAAGUGGCUGGUGGUCCUGGAGAAACCUGGCAGGGGCUCUUGUCCGUGUUACAUCUGAAACACAUUAAUGCAAUCCAUUCAUCAGAGAAAUUGACAGUAUAAUGUUGGUUUUCGAGCACUCCCAUUCGCGCAUUCAUUGUGGGUUUCACUAUCCACACUACCAUUGAAUGAUGGAUACAUGAGAUGCAGCAUUUGUAAGUUCACUGGAGUUUUCUGUAAAUAUCCCGUCUAGUUUUGAAGGUUUCUGGGUGGAUAAGAGUUUUUCUUUUGUUUUAGGCUAUGUUUGAUUGUCAAAGAAAAAAAAAUGAGGAGAGAGAUAGACUCAGAUGAAUUAUCAUCAUAAUGAUUCAAUGAUUGCUUUGGGUUUCUCUCUCUCCUCAAAUUUAGACUUUUUUAUUUUUUUCUUUCUUUUUUAUCCGUUUCUUGACAACCAAACAUAGCCUUAGUGUAACGUGAGUUUGUAAUAUUUUGGUGAUGAGAAGAAACAAAGAGAACAUUAGCUCAUGUGAGCUCUACUAGGGAAA